AUAGCGCUAUCAAUUCUAGUAUUCUACCUAAAAUGUGGCUCAUGCCUAACUCUUUGGUCUCAUAUAUAAUUAUUGCUUCUUAUAACCUCUUCUAGUUGCCAUUUCUAGCUCCAUAACAAAAGAAAGAAAAUGGGAUCCACCAAUACAAUCAAACCUAACCAUGAUUCUAUAUUGAGCGAACGCAAAGCAUUUGAUGAAACAAAAGCUGGUGUAAAAGGACUUGUUGAUGCAGGACUUAAGAAGAUUCCAAGCUUAUUCCAUCAUCAACCUGACAAAUAUGAGAAAGCUAACAACACUAGCCAUGUUAUUCCUGUCAUAGACCUUGUAGAUAUUGAUAAUAAAGAUCAAAGUAUUCACCAAGGGAUUGUUGACAAAAUCAAGGAAGCAUGUGAAACAUGGGUUUUUUUUCAGAUUGUUAAUCAUGGAAUCCCUUUGAGUGUUCUUGAGGAGAUGAAAGAUGGUGUUAAGAGGUUUUAUGAGCAGGAUAUAGAAGUCAAGAAAGAUUUGUAUACAAGAGAUAGGAAUAGAUCUUUUAUUUAUAAUAGCAAUUUUGAUAUUUAUAGCUCACCAGCACUUAAUUGGAGGGAUACAUUUUUUUCUUACUUGGCUCCUAAUACUCCCAAACCGGAAGAUUUUCCGGUAGUAUGCAGAGAUAUACUGCUAGAAUAUGGGAAACACAUGAUGAAUUUAGGGACAUUACUGUUUGAGUUGUUGUCAGAAGCUUUAGGUCUGAUUCCAAACCAUCUAAAAGAUAUGGAUUGUGCUGAAGGGCUAGUUGCUCUUUGCCAUUAUUAUCCACCGUGCCCUGAACCAGAAUUGACUGUGGGAACAACCAAGCAUUCUGACACUGAUUUUCUCACUGUGCUUCUACAAGACCAUAUUGGUGGCCUACAAGUUUUUUAUGAAGAUAAAUGGAUUGAUAUUAAACCUGUACCUGGAGCUCUCAUAGUUAAUGUUGGAGAUCUUUUGCAGCUUAUAACGAAUGAUAAAUUCAAGAGUGUUGAACAUAGAGUACUUGCCAAUCAUGUCGGUCCAAGAACAUCAAUUGCAUGUUUUUUCUGCACAUUUCAUAGGUCAUCCUCAAAGCUUUAUGGACCUAUAAAGGAACUAUUAUCAGAAAACAAUCCUCCCAAAUACAAAGAAACCACAGUUAAUGACUAUAUAACCUACUUUGAAGCAAAAGGACUUGGUACUUCUGCUCUUACACAUUACAAGAUUUGAACUAGACAAUGUGGAAGAUAAAAAUGUUAGCUCAUAUAAAUAAUUGAAGGAAUUUGGUGAGUUGAUGAUGGUGUAGUUAUUAAUCAAUUCCAUAUGAUGUGAACUAGAAAUAA